CACUGGAGUAAACCACCAGCAGUGAGUGCGUGCGUGCGUGUGUGAUUGUUUGUGUAUGAGUGUGUGCACCAUAGGAUUAAAAUAUUACUUGAAAAAUUAUACGUCUUUCAAGUCGAAAUGCAUCCAGUGAGGGUGUCGAUCCCGUCUUUCCGUUCAGAAAACAACUCGAUCGAGAAGGGAUACACGGUCUUUAAAAUUGACGUGCUGAUGAAUGGCAGACAGCACACUGUUGAGAAACGCUACAGCGAAUUCCACGCUUUGCAUAAAAUGCUAAAGAAGAACAUUAAGCCACCUGAGAUCCCUUCAAAACAUGUUAGAAACUGGGUUCCCAAAGUCCUGGAGCAGAGGAGGCAAGGUCUGGAGCUCUACCUGCAGACUAUAAUUAUGGAAAAUGAGGUUCUUCCAAAGAUAUUCCUGGAUUUCCUGAAUAUCCGCCACUUUCCUUCAGUGCCAAAAACAGAAAGCUGUGGGUCGUUUGAUACGGAAUCAGAGGAAUCAAGUAAACUUUCACAUCAGCCUGUCAUGCUGUUUCUGAGAGACCCCUACCUGCUGCCAUCUGCACAUGAUGCGUUUUCUAAUGUUGUGAUUGAAGGUGUGGUGCAUGGAGUUUUCUACCCAGAUCUUCAGCCAAGGUAGAGAUGCAGAGUCAAAUCUGAGGAUACACAUCUACAAAAGGAUGCUUUAUAUUUUCACACCAUUUUAGGUGUGCAUCAGCAAGAACAUGUUAAGAUACACUGAGCCUCAUUUAUAUUUCCCAAAGCAUAUAACAAAAAUCCAAGCAUUAAAAAAAGGUGCCUACUCUCUCAAUAAAUCACUGGCACCACAUUUUAAAACAUAAACAUAUAAUCUAUUGUCCUUAACAGCCAGUAAUUUUUAUAGAUUAACAUCAGUUUUCCUUAAAAUCCACAUGACCCACAUUUUAAUUUUGCCAGCUAUAAAAUUAAAAACUGUGUGUGACUUAGUUAGGCAGGUUAACUUUGAUGUUAUGAGACAUCAUAAUCCAAACAAUUAGGAAGGCAUCAAAAAGAUUAUUUUCGGGAAUGAUAGAAAUUAAUACAUUUUAAGAAAUGAUCUUAUAUUUUCCUUCUUUCUCAAUGAAGCAGUGACUGAAAA